AAGCUUCAGCUAUAUAAGGGACAGCAGAAGACCAAGAAAACACACACACCCCGUUUCUGCUGUUCUCACAUUUCGAAUCAGUUGAAGUCUUCACCAUCUUCACUUCUGGAGACGACUUUGGCCUGGGAGUUCUGUUUGAGGAUUAUAUUUUAAUGUGAACUGAAGAACCAGAGGUGAAAAGACCACCAGAAAAGACCCAAGAUGGCAUCCAAGCUAGCCUGGGUCGGUCUUCUCCUCCUCUUUGGCAUUUCCAUCACCUUCACUCAAGGAUCAGGAAGCUCCAUGAAGCACAAUCCAGCUGUGUUCCAGAGUGAAGAGGAGUACGAGUGGACGACUUGGUUCAACAUCGAUCACCCUGGAGGGAAAGGCGAUUACGAGCAGCUGGAUGCGAUUCGUUUCUAUUACCGGGCUCGUGUGUGUGACUCACCAUGGGCACUGGAAGCUCGAACUACAGACUGGAUACCAGCUCACAGAACUGGAGAACGAGUGCAUGCUGAGCCUACUGUGGGCUUCUGGUGCAUCAAUUCAGAACAACCUGAAGGGAAAAACUGCUCAAAUUAUGCAGUCCGCUUCCUUUGCCUAAGAGACACACAGCGGGAAACUCCAGGAGAGUGGGGUCAGUGGUCUGACUGGACCCCAUGUCCUGCACAAUGUGGCCAGGUUGCAGUUCAGAUCCGCUCCAGAACUUGCACAACCCAAUCCAGGCAGUGCAACGGACUAAAGAUGGACAGCAGACAAUGCAAAGGACCCACAUGUUCAGGUUGUAUUCUGCAGUGCGUGAUGGGCAAAGCAAACACAGACUGCAAUACUUGCAUAUGUGAGGAUCACACCGUGCUUGGGUCAGUUCGCAGAGCCGGAAGUCUUACAGCUCCCGGGGCAGCCAUUCUCCUUUCAGACACAAGUCCCAAACUUCUGACGCUAUCUGACCACAAUGGACACUUCCGUGUACCAGGGAUCUGCCCAGACGGCAACACUACACUGCUGAUCAAGCUGCAGGGCCACAAGCCUCAACAGACUGUCAUGCCUCUGAGCUCCGAGCCCACAACUGUACUUCAUGUGAAGCUGGAGAGAGCACAAAAGCUGUAUGUGCAAAAGAACCCAGAACCAAAAGCAAGGAGGACGGGUCAGACAGCUGCCUUCUGCUGCAAGGUUACUGGGUCACCUGAACCUGAGGAGUACCAGUGGUUUCACAAUGGAACUCUGCUUGAGAAGAGCGUAUAUCGCUAUGACAAGACACUGGUGUUGAGGAACCUAAGAAUGGAUCAAGCUGGGGAGUACUAUUGCAGAGCCAGCAAUGAGAAUGGUGCCAUUAAAUCCAAACCAGCCACACUUUCCGUCAUAGGUGAAGCGGCGCCAUCCUGCAACCCGAAUCCUGAACCGCACAUGAUCCGUCUACCUCAAGACUGCUUCCAGAACCAGACAAACUCAUUCUACUAUGACGUAGGAAGAUGCCCCAUAGAAACAUGCACCGGCCAGCUGGACAAUGGCAUUCGAUGCAGAGACUCCAUAUCUUUCUGCUGUGGUGUGUCCAAAAUGGAAGAGAGACAAAUAACAUGCCAAGGAUACCAGUUACCUACUAUGGUGGUCACCCAGUGCGGCUGCAAAAAAUGUGUGGAAACAAAGACAAUCGUUCGUGGUCGUGCUAUUGCAGCAGAUACAGGAGAGCCAUUAAGGUUUGGACACAUCUACAGGGAUGGAGAAAGGAUUAGCCGAACAGGGUACAAGGGCACGUUCUCCAUCCAAGUUCCCACGGACACCGAAAGGCUGGUUCUUACUUUUGUAGAUAGCAUGCAAAAGUUUGUGAACACUACCAAAGUGCUUUUGUUCAACAAAAGAGGUGGAGCUGUGUACCAUGAGAUUAAACUCCUGAGGAAAAAGCCUCCUGUUACCUUAAGCUCAACCAACACCAACAAACUACAACUUGGAGAAGUACAAGGAGAGGAACCCAUGGCUGAAAUUGAAAUUCCACCAAACUCUUUCUACAAGCAGAAUGGAGAGGUAUUUGUAGGUAAUGUGAAGGCCAGUGUUACCUUCAUGGACCCGAGAGAUGUAUCCACAGCUGCGGCUGCUCAAAGCGAUCUCAACUUUGUUGGCACAGAAGGCGAUACCCUCCCCCUGAGAACUUACGGCAUGUUCUCAGUUGACUUCAGGGAUGAGGUGAACGGGGAGUCGUUAAAUGCUGGAAAAGUAAACGUUCGUCUUGAUGCGGCCCAAGUGAAGAUGCCGGAACAUUUGAAGUCGAUGAAGUUGUGGUCCCUCAACCCUGAGACUGGUCUUUGGGAAGAAGAAGCACAGCUUCAUGUGGAGAAAAAACAACGGCAAAAACGAGAAGAAAGGACUUUCCUUGUAGGAAACAUGGAAAUCCGAGAAAGAAGGUUGUUUAACUUGGAUGUGCCCGAAAACAGAAGAUGCUACGUGAAAGUCAGAGCUUUCCGGAGUGAACGAUUUAUGCCAAGUGAGCAAGUUGAAGGCGUUGUGGUAACUCUGAUCAAUAUGGAGCCGACAGCUGGUUACUCCACCAACCCUCGUGCAUGGGGUAGGUUUGAUAGUGUCAUCACUGGUCCCAAUGGUGCAUGCCUACCUGCCUUCUGUGAUGACCAAAAAGCAGAUGCUUAUUUUGCUUACGUCAUGGCAAACCUUGGAGGGGAAGAACUAGAAGCAGUAGCUUCGGCACCAAAAUUAAAUCCCAACAUAAUUGGUGUUCCUCAGCCCUAUUUGAAUAAGUUGAACUACAGAAGAACAGAUCAUGACAAUCCCAGAGUCAAGAAGACCGCAUUCAGUAUCAACAUAGCGAAACCCAGCCCAAACACAGCUGAAGAAGCAAAUGGUCCAAUUUACCCAUUUGAAAAACUGAAGGAGUGUGAAGAAGCUCAAUUUAAUGCACCUCACUUUCGCUUUUCAAGAGUCGAAGGAGAUCACUAUGACUACAAUACGGUUCCUUUCAACGAGGAUGAUCCAAUGAGCUGGACCGAAGACUACUUGAGCUGGUGGCCAAAGCCAACAGAAUACAGAGCUUGCUAUAUUAAAGUAAAAAUCAACAGCCCGCACGAAAUCAACAUCCGUUCUCACAACAUGGGAGGUACCCACCCAAGAACAGUUGGUCAACUCUAUGGCCUUCGCGACACCCGUACUAUCCGAGACCGGGACAAAUCUAGUGUCUCGGCAGUCUGUUUGGAGUUCAAAUGUAGCGGUAUGCUCUACGACCAAGACAGAGUAGAUCGCACCCUACUGAAGGUGAUCCCACAGGGCAGUUGCAAGCGAGAUAGCGUGAACAGCAUGCUACAAGAGUACUUGGUUAACCAUCUUCCCCUGGCUGUCAACAACGACACUACCGAGUUCACCAUGCUUGCCCCACUGGACCCUUUGGGCCAUAAUUAUGGCAUUUACACAGUUACCGACCAAGAUCCUCGUACAGCUAAGGAGAUAGCACUUGGACGUUGUUUUGAGGGUACAUCAGAUGGGACAUCACGAGUAAUGAAGACUAACGAAGGUGUGGCAUUAAUCUUCACUUGUAGUGACAAAGAGGUCACCAGACAAAGCGUAUUCCAGCAGCUCCAGAAUGCUCCAGGCCGGGCCAUAGCGGGGACUACGCGGCCAGGGAGAGGCAACCGAAGACAGAGAGGAGACUCCUCAGCUGCACUCCGUAACAGCUGGAGGAGAAGUACCCGCAAUCACAACAGACGCUCCCCAACCAUACGCCAAAACCCCUAAUGAAAUGGGCUGGACAGACCUAUGGCUAAGGAAGUAUGCCAUACCACACCACCUGAUUGGUGUGAACAACUUUCAAGCAUAAUAAACGAUUUUUUUAAGCUAAUGCAUAAUUCCUACAUGCUAUAAAGGUGUACUGAGAAACUACAUUUAUGGGUUAGAGAACUGGGGCCCAAGCCUGGUGCUGGAGUACAUGUCUUGUGUGUUUAAGGUCCCCCUCCCUUGCUACCAACACUAAUUUUGGAGUUGAAGUGGCUACAGUAGAACAGGAGAAAUGCACCUAAAGGUGAAGGACCAGGGUUAACUAAUUUCAGUGGGUAGUACUACACACAUUAAAAGUUGUUUCUGUUGCCAUAAGAUGUAAACAACUUGAUCAGGCAGUUGCUACCCGCCCCUUCACUUUUUUUAAA